ACAAACGAGGCGGAAAAACUCAAAAGAAACAGAUAAAACAUAGAGUGACGCUUGCUUUUUGCGCCACACAAAGAAAAACGCAAAAUUAAAAUAAUUAUAUUUUUAAUUAGACUAAAUUUUGAAAUAGUGAACCGAAAAACGCUGCCAAUAUGCCGCGUACCAAGAUAACAAAGAACUCGAAACGGAACCGCGAGGCCGCCAAUCGCGAGGAGAAGAUACGCAUAUACGAAUUAAAAAUGGAUUCCGUGCUGAUGAGCAUCGACGAUCUGGAGCAGCGCUACAAUGCGAUGGUCGAGACGCAGCUGCAGGGCGUUACGUUGCGCCUGCAAUCGGAGUUGCGCGAAAUGAAAAUGUGCGACUUCCUGGAAAUUCUGCCCAACCUGGAGCACUUUGGCGACUUCAAGGCCAGCGAUCAGACGCAGCAUCUGGGCUCGCAGUCCAUGUACAGCAAUACAACAAAUGGCGGCGACGUCGCCGGCGGCAGCAGCACCAACUGCGCAGCUGUAACUGCAGCGGCCAGCAGUCGCAAUGACGAAGGCUACCUUACAGAGGACAGCAGCCUGGGCGGCGCCGUCAGCUGCAGCAGCGCCAGCACCCUGUCCGCAUACACCGGCUCCAUGCUGCGCUCGGCCAAGGCCAUGCGCACACCCGGACCGCUGCACUCGGCGCGUGCGCGCCGCGAGCGUCGCAGUCGCUCGGCCUGCGGCAGCGUCAUACCCAAGGUACUGGGCAACACAAGCACAGCCAUUGCCGCCGGCAGCAGCAACAGCAUCAUCAUCCCGAACGGCCAUCGCAAUUCGCGCAGCAAAAUGCGCACCCCAAUGGCCACACGACCAAAGGCCAUCAGCGCCGAUCGUACGCCGCGCAUGCUGAAGAAGCGCAACACAUCGCCCAGCACGCCGCCCAUGGCCUUCCUGCGCUGGCCCAAGCCCGGCGAGGUGGCGCUCUCCAAAUACGGCAGUCCCAUCGUGGCUCAGGUCAUGCCCGACAAAUUUGCGAAUGUGAAUAUACCCAUACGCAAUGGCGUAUUAUCGCUGCGGCCCAAGAAACUGGCCGAGGUUAAAGCAGAGCUGCUGGAGAAUUUGGACGAGGACACUCUAAAUCAGAUCCGCACAUUGCACGAAAGCUUGCAAUUGAUUGUGAACACGGCCAACAAGGCUGGCCUCAAAUAACCCAUAGAGCUCGUCGUCAUCUUCAAUCUAUCUUAAAACAAUCCAAAACUACAUAUAGAUAUAUGUUCGCUAACCAUAUACAAUACGUAUUUUAUGUUCGUUUAGUUUGUUAAGUUCAGUUUCCCAUAUUUCAAUCGUUUUUAAAGUGUAUUUAAAAAUUAAGUUGUCUCAAGUUAA